AUGGCGACGUCCCACAGCGCAACUGUCGAAGACGGAGUCUUGGAAGACGGAUCCGAGAGAGGCGGCACCUCCGAAGAGACCGAGAAGCCUUUUCUCGCGUACAAACCAGAAGUGGAGAUGUUGUUGUGGAAGAACCAGAGCCCCGUAGUCCUCUGGCAAUUGCAGCUCUUCCUCGACGCUCUCGUCGCAGCUCAUGACGAGGUCGGAGACUAUAUGAUCGACCUCGACAUUGAUGCCUACCUUACUAAGAGAUGGCGUCGCCGCAAGCGCGUCAAGUACACGAGAGGACUAGCGGUUUACAAGGCCCAGCGAAAGGCAGUACUCAAGAUUGAGAUGGAAGUCAUCCGGGGCGGUAAUAUGGGACAGACACUCCAGGCCGCUUUCGACCGUGUUCAAAUUGCCCUCAUCGAGAAUAUGACGCGCGUCAAUUUGUUGUUGAGCAUGCUCUGA